ACUCCCGCGUUAGUACCCGUGUGCUCGCCCCUGCGCGCCUCCGAGGUUCAGUGACUCAGUGCUGCUCUUGGUUCUCGGCUAGCAGGGACAGUUUGACAUUUUCUGCUCCGACACCAUCAAUACUUCCAACAAAAAUGUCCAAAUUGGAACAGAUCCUCAUCCUGGAACCUCCGAUCGACCUCAAAUUCAAAGGUCCCUUCACAGAUGUCGUCACUACAAACCUAAAGCUGAAAAACCCCUCCGACAGAAAAGUAUGUUUCAAAGUGAAGACCACGGCACCACGCAGGUACUGUGUACGACCGAACAGUGGGAUGAUUGAGCCGGGGUCUUACAUAAUUGUCUCAGUAAUGUUACAACCUUUUGACUACGAUCCCAAUGAAAAAAGUAAACACAAAUUUAUGGUACAGACAAUCUUUGCAUCACCUCAUGUUACAGACAUGGAGGCAGUGUGGAAAGAUGCAAAACCCGAUGAUCUCAUGGAUUCCAAAUUAAGAUGCAUAUUUGAACUACCUUCUGAAAAUGAUAAAGUAAAAAGUAGAGUUGAAGAACGGAGACCAAUAGCCAGUAUUUUAGUGACCCCGCAAUCUUCCACCAAAGCCUACAAGGUCAGUUCAGACAGUGAUGCUCGCUUACCACCACGGGGUGCCCCAACACCAGGGGUUGCUCCCGAGCAUCGUACCCCCUUCAGCACCAGAUACCUUCAGACCCCAUUGACUGUUAGCAGCAAGACCGAUCUGCAGGGAUUUGUGUCAGCCCCCAGCAGUGUGAUCAAAGGGAAAAUAAUGCAGAAUGAUAUUGAAUCAAGCAAAGCUCCACUUCUUAAUGCAUCGAAGCAAGACGGUUCUUCCCUCCCAAAACCCACCAGCAUGUCACUGGACGACACUGAGAUGAGGAAACUCAUGGAAGAGUGCAAGAGGCUGCAGUCUGACGUGAUGAAACUCUCAGAUGAAAACCGGCAACUUAAGGAUGAAGGAUUGAGGAUGAGGAAGACACCUAGAUCAGACAACAUGGUAACAAACACAGGUGGCUUGAUGGGUAGAGACAGUUCCAGCUCUCUUCCUUCUCUCCUUGUUGUAAUCGCAGCUAUUUUCAUCGGAUUCUUCCUAGGGAAGUUCAUCUUGUAGAGAAGAAGCAUGCAAACGUGCUCAUUUAGGCCUGGAAAUGUUUUUCCAUUGACCUGCCAUGUCAUUGGUAGUGUGGCCCAUAGUGACCAUGUUUGUGUACAGCAUUAUAAACAGGCCUUGCCUUUUAACAAUCUCACACACUCACAAUUAGUACACACACACACAAAAGAAAACAAGAUGUUCCUUUUUUCAGUUCUUUGGGGAAGGGGGGGGGUAUAAAAGUUGUGCGUUGUCAAAACAUCAAUAGCAGGCGUGUCAAGGCUCAUAGAGCCCUUUGGUGAAAUUCCGUAAAUAAAGAAUUGUUCUCUCUCUGUGGUUUUAAUAAGAGUUGAAUGGAAUGUUAAGUGUCUUGUAAAAUGUUAUUUUAAUCCUUUUUAAAGACAAAUUUUUCAACCUGUUGCCUCUUGAAAUUCCAUUUGUUAGACCAAUUCAUAACCCCACUUUCUUUUGGGAAUGGCAAGAGGUGUGCCAGGGAAAAUGGUGCCUCCUUCCUUGUAAAUCUCUCACCCCUUUCUUGUCCCUGCUGAUUCCAGCUCAGAAUUGUUUUUGUUUGUUUCUUUAUUUUCUCUUUCCUGCCACAGAUUAUAACCCUUGUGAGGCAAUUGUUGACUGAAAAAAUCUCCAUUCUUACAAUCCUGUCCCAUGGUAUUUAACAUUAAAUAAAGAAAAAUCUCUAAAAA